AUGGGCUUCGUUGUCGGCCAAAAAAUCAUGCUUCGGCGAGUGCUUUACCUACUCCGACAGGACGGUGAGGGACCUCAAGCGGACACCGCCAAUGCCGCUCUCAGUGCUUCUGCAAAGGAUCUUCUGCCUCUAUUCAAUUUGGCAGAGGAAAUUUCUAAGCUGGAAGCGGAAUUUCAAGUCCCCCAAUCGACGCAGGAAAAUAAGGCAUCAGAGACAGCCACCUUAGCUACCACUUCUGCUGCAUCUGGUUCUGCUACUUCUGCCGCUUCUGGUUCUCAAGCUGCCUUAUCUUCUCCGGCUUCUCCCAGUACCAAUUCUUCACCGGAAGGUAAGCCUUUGUUGCCUUCAGACUUUGUUUUUGGCCCUGACGGUAAACAGCUCAAACCGUUACCACUGUCUUAUUCGCAAUUUAUUCUCGCGAAUAUUAAGAUUCUUGAGUCUCUUUUUACUAUAAAGAGUCCUCGCGAAGCUGCUGAUUACCUCACCUACUUGAAGUUUUUGGCUAUAAAAGGCACUCGUUUUCAAACCAAGGCCAUCCUUGCAUUUGAUCAAGAUUACAGUGCCACGAAGGCGCGGGAUAAUUUUGGAUAAGGCACCAAUUUAGAUGACCUCAGUGCGCAGUAUUUUGAUGCCGCCGUGGCACAGCGCCCUCCCCGAAACGAAAGUCGCGGGAAUAGCCGCGGGUCAGGAAAUGAAGAAUUCUGUUUUCGCUGGAACUUUAACCCAACUGGUUGCCCAAAUCCACAGUCGUGUCGUUACAAGCACGUUUGUAUUCACUGUUCCUCUACUCAGCAUAAGGGCAAGAGUUGUUCGGGUUCCGCGAACGCUGAGAAAAGCAAAAAAUGAACCGAUUCUUUAGAACAGUCCCCGCUCGAGGAAAAUGUUCUGUCAGCACCCUUCGCGCAUCCUACUUCAACAAAUUUUUCUAUACCCCCGCUUGAGGAUUGCCCUUUACGUUUCCACGCUUGGGACAAGGAACUUUCUGACGACCCCGAUAGAAUUUUUAUCCUCCGUGGUUUGCGUUUUGGUUUUAAGCUUCUUCCAGAGUCCGACCCUUCUUGUAUCGUCGCCUACGAAUCCGACAAUUACUCUAGUGCUACUUGCCCAGACUCCCGGGGGGGGUACUCCCUAAUAUGGGCUAUAUAGGUAUGUGCGGCCCCAAAGGGUAGGGUUUUUCAGCUGUUUUGGUCAUAAAUUGGGUAUCGAUUUUGGCUAUUUUGCCGCCAUUUUGGUCAUAAAUAGGGUAACGAUUUUUACACUGUAGUCUUGAAUGCACUUUUUAAGAAGAAGCUACUUCCUUAUCAUGUCCCCCUAACCUAAUAAAAGCAGAUAAACAUUGCCUUUAACAUUGGUCUGAACUAGGGAAAUAAUUAUAAGGCAGGUCUGAAACAGGGUAUUGAUUUAAGGGUCAGGUCAUAAAUAGGGUAUCAAAUUUUUGGUUUGGUCAUAAAUAGGGUAGGGAAAAUCGCAGAUUUUGGUCAUAAAUAGGGUAAGGGUUUUGGGAAGCGGGCCGCACACCCCUACCCAAUUUUUCUGCGAGUACCCCCCCCGGGCCCAGACUUUAAACCGAAAAUGGAUAGUUUAUUCACAAAAGAACUCGCCUUAGGGCGCAUCUCUAUGGUUCAAACUAAACCGCGGUGCGUUCACCCUAUUGGCCGUGUACCGAAAAAGGACUCAGGAAAAUCCCACCCAAUUACUGACUGCAGUCGUCCGCAUGGUAUUUCUUUGAACGAUCCUAUUAAGCGUGAGUUAGAGUCCUUUCGCAUGAAU